AUGGCGAUGCGCAGAGCAUUUUUCGAUUACUCACUGCUCAUCCUCUACCUUUUCCACCCAAAUACUAAUGCCCAAGCGGUGCCCUUCAUAUUUCCCCAUGGCUACUUUGACGUCAACAAGCUGCAACCAUUCGACGCCGUCUACCUGAAUAUGAUGGCCCAGUCGAACAUUGAAUACCUCGGCACCAACGAAAAGGAGCUGUACCAGCUAGCGGCAAUGCGGACCAAGAUCCCAAAACCGACAAAUGCAACCGAAAGCCCCUUCACACUGCCCCGCAUCGAGCCACCCGUGAAAGAACAACCGCUAGAGCAACUUGCCGAUAAAACCGGCAUGCCAAAGCUUCAGAAAGAAACGCCCAACGAUUUUCCUAAGCCCCCACCAGCGCCGUUUAUGGACGCCUUCCGCCGACUACGCGACGAAACUAUCGACGACUCGGAAGAUGGUGAAGCCCCCGAGGACGAGGGGAACCCAUUUGCCGAGAUUUCGACCAGAGCCCCGGUCGGCGGAAGGCGCGCCGGCCGGAGGAAGAAGCUGCACCGAGCUAUUGAAGCUGCCCGAGAAGCCGCCCGCCAACAAUUUCUCACCAGGGAGUCCAUUUUGCGCCCCAGGAGCGAAAAGAAGGAACUACCCCCGACGACGACGCUGCCACCAAUCCAGGAACCAGAGGGCGGAUUCGAGCAGGUGUUCGUAUUGCCGAUGGCCCGCGGUUUGCAAGCUCGCAAUGGUGAUCACGAAGAUCAACUCCAGCGCGAAUGGGCUAAGAAAAGUGAGGCGGCGAGGAGCUACAGGCAACAUUCUGGACAAGGGGCGCCUAAAGAACAAAAAGAGGCGGCCGAAGAGUACCGCCGACAAAGGGACAAGCUGGCCGGCCCGUCCCCCGCCUCCCAAUACCAAAGUCAAAAAGAAAAGUUGCGCGUAGCUGGAGCGGCAGAAAAUGAGGAGGACUCGAUCGAUAUCCUCGACGCCAUUCAGGAAGAAGAGAUUCGCGAAUCGUUGCACAAGAAUGAGGGCAAGAAACCGAGCACCACCCCCAAGCCUAGCCAAAAGAAGAAGGGCCCCACCUUUCCGACGCUAGCCCCGGAAUUGGAGAUUGAAGAGGUGACGGAAGUGCCGCAAAAGGUUCAGGCCCUGUCCGGAAACCCCUAUCACCAGCUGGACCUUUUCGAACCGACCGUCAUACAACUUCCAAUUCCGCCUACACUUUGGAAAGCCGCCAAACAAAGCCAGGAAUUUAGUAGC